AACUAUGAAUUCCUCAAGUUUGAGCCUGAUGGGCAUUUGACAGCGUACGGAUGGUCAUCACCAUAUGAGUCUGAUGUUUUUGCAAUUGGUUUUUGUGGAUACCCAUUGGUUUGCGGAAGAUACGGUGUUUGUGAGUAUGAUCAAUACUGUAAUUGUCCUCCUGGACUCAGCCUUUUCACGCAAAUAAACACUAGUCAACCGAGCCAAGGAUGUUCUUUAAUUACUCCCAUUUCGUGUGAACAUUCCCAACUGCAUACUCUUCUGGAGAUAAAGGAUACUACUUAUAUUGGUCAAUAUUUGUUGAAUGAAUUUGGUGAGUACAGGGAUUUAGAAAGUUGUAAAAAGGCAUGCUUAAGGAACUGCUCCUGCAAAGCAGCUCAUUUUAAUGGUCAUUAUUCAAAAGGAUACUAUUUAUUGCUAAAUGAAGUUCUCUCCCUUGUGACCACGGACGUGGGAAACAACAUAUCUGUUUAUCUAAAGCUGCAAAAUUCGUCGACAAUCCUACAGAGUCAUCCAUGGAUUCUGCAGAGGCAUGCCAAGACAACUUUGGGGAUUACUGGUGCUUUUAUAGCUGUUGUCUUAACAAUCAUUGCUAUUUAUUUAUCCUUGGUUAGAAACAAAAAAGUUCAGCUCAAAGAUGAGGAGGAGGAGUUUUUGGAUGGUCUGCCAGGGUUGCCUACUCGAUUCUCUUAUGAAAACUUGAGUGUUAUGACUGAAAAUUUCAGCAGGAAACUAGGUGAAGGAGGAUUUGGUUAUGUUUUUGAAGGUGCACUAUUUCAGGGCACUAAAAUUGCAGUUAAGCGCCUCAAGGAAGUUGAUCAAAUAAAGAGUUCAUUCCUGGCUAAAGUGGCAACACUAGGAAGCAUGGAUCAUGCCAAUCUAGUCAAAUUAAUAGGGUUUUGUGCUGCAAAAUCACAGAGACUUCUGGUGUAUGAACACAUGGCCAAUGGUUCUUUGGAUAAAUGGAUUUUUAAUGGGAAGCAGCAGCAGCAGGAGGAACAUGGUCUCACUUGGCAAACCAAAAAGAAAAUCAUGUCAGAUGUUGCCAAAGGGUUAGCAUAUCUUCAUGAAGAUUGCAAUCAUAAGAUCAUUCACUUGGACAUCAAACCUCAGAACAUCCUCUUAGAUCAAAAUUUCAAUGCAAAAGUUGCAGACUUUGGAUUGUCAAAGCUGGUAGCAAAAGACCAAAGCAAAGUUAUCACAACAAUGAGAGGAACUCCUGGCUACAUAGCCCCAGAAUGCACGAGCUUGAUUAUAACGGAGAAAGUAGAUGUGUACAGCUUUGGGAUCGUGAUGUUAGAAACUGUUUGCAGGCGGAAGAAUGUGGACUGGGAUCAAGCCGAGGAAGAAGUGCACUUGUUGAGCGUGUUCAAGAGAAAAAUAGAAGAAGAUAAACUUGGUGAGAUGUUUGAUAUGUACAACAAAGAUAUGGAAGUGCAGAAAGAAGAAGGAAUAGAAAUGAUGAGGAUUGCUGGUUGGUGCUUACAGAGUGAAUAUACAAAGAGACCGUCCAUGUCAGAGGUGGUGAAAGCAUUACAAGGUUUGGCAACUGUUGAUAAUAACUUAAACUUGGAUUACAAUUUCAGUAAUCAGGAGGGGGAAACAACUACUGAUGCUACCAGCAAUACAAUAUUAAUUCCAUCAAUUUUAUCUAGGCCAAGGUGAACUGUCUGCUUAA